GCGUUCUUACUCCAGCGGCGCUUCUGGAGGUCUCGCGGAUCUGUCUCUUGCUUCAACAGUGUUUGGACGGAACAGACCCGAGGACUCCCACUUUUUCACCUUCUAUCCACCUGCCAGCUACAAGUUUUGGGACCAUCAUCACCUCGCCCGUCUCCUGCUUCCAGGACCAGCCAUCACCGUUCUUUUGUGGGUAGCUCCUUAUUGCUGACCAGUCAUGACUUCUCAGAUUCGUCAGAAUUAUUCUACAGAGGUGGAGGCCGCCGUCAACCGCCUGGUGAACCUGCACCUGCGGGCCUCCUACACCUACCUCUCCCUGGGCUACUACUUCGACCGUGACGAUGUGGCUCUGGCGGGCGUGGGCCAUUUCUUUCGCGAGUUGGCCAAGGAGAAACGCGAGGGCGCCGAACAUCUCCUGAAGAUGCAGAACCAGCGCGGUGGCCGGGUUCUGUUCCAAGACGUGCAGAAGCCUUCUGAAGAUGAGUGGGGUAAAACCCUGGACGCCAUGGAAGCUGCCCUGGCCCUGGAGAAGAACCUGAACCAAGCUCUUCUGGAUCUUCAUGCCUUGGGCUCUGCCAAGACAGACCCCCAUCUCUGUGAUUUCCUGGAGAACCACUUUCUAGAUGAGGAGGUGAAGCUCAUCAAGAAGAUAGGUGACCACCUCACUAACCUCCGCAGGCUGGCAGGUCCCCAGGCUGGGCUGGGCGAGUACCUCUUCGAAAGGCUCACCCUCAAGCAUGACUAGGAGGCCCCCGAGCCUAGUGGCCUCUGAGCGGCUGCUGCUCACCAGCAUCAGGGCUUGGGCCUAACCCUCUCCCUCCAGCCACUAGGCAGCUUUUUCACCUCUGGAGCCCCCUCCAAAAUCUUGGACCAAAAGAAAAUAAAGCCUUUUGCAGCACCUGG